ACGGCGCGGCCCGAGCCCCGCGCCGCCCAGGCGGGAGCGCGCGCGGCGUUCCGGGGGGGGAGCGCGCGGCUCGCAUCUUUUGUGUGUGUGUGUGUGUUUGUGAGCGCGCCGGGCGGCUCGCCCCUCGGCGGGGCCGCGCUCGGGGGACGGCUCUUUGUGUGCGCGCGCCCUGCCCCCAGCCCGCCGGGGGACAAUGUCUCAGCCCCGAGGCAAGAAGAGAAACCCUGGGCUGAAAAUUCCUAAAGAAGCAUUUGAGCAACCGCAGACAAGCUCCACACCACCCAGAGAUCUGGACUCCAAAGCCUGCAUCUCAAUUGGUGAGGAGAACUUUGAGGUGAAGGCCGAUGACCUGGAGCCCAUCUCGGAGCUGGGCCGGGGCGCGUACGGCGUGGUGGAGAAGAUGCGGCACAUGCCCAGCGGGCAGAUCAUGGCAGUGAAGCGGAUCCGAGCCACGGUGAACAGCCAGGAGCAGAAGAGGCUGCUGAUGGACCUGGACAUCUCCAUGAGGACAGUGGAUUGUCCCUUCACUGUCACCUUCUACGGGGCACUCUUCAGAGAGGGAGAUGUGUGGAUUUGCAUGGAGCUGAUGGAUACCUCGCUGGACAAAUUCUACAAACACGUCAUUGACAAAGGCCUGACGAUCCCCGAGGACAUCCUGGGCAAAAUCGCCGUCUCUAUUGUAAAAGCACUAGAACAUCUCCACAGCAAGCUCUCUGUGAUCCACCGAGAUGUAAAGCCCUCUAACGUGUUGAUCAAUACGCAGGGGCAGGUGAAAAUGUGCGAUUUUGGCAUCAGCGGGUACCUCGUCGACUCUGUGGCUAAAACCAUGGAUGCAGGAUGCAAACCCUACAUGGCUCCGGGGAGGGGAAUCACCGGCAGGCAGCUGAACCAGAAGGGAUACAGCGUCAAAUCUGACAUCUGGAGCCUGGGCAUCACCAUGAUCGAGCUGGCCAUCCUGCGCUUCCCCUACGACUCCUGGGGCACCCCCUUCCAGCAGCUCAAGCAGGUGGUGGAGGAGCCCUCGCCGCAGCUGCCAGCAGAGAGGUUCUCAGCAGAGUUCGUCGAUUUUACCUCGCAAUGCUUGAAGAAGAAUUCCAAAGAACGGCCAACAUACCCAGAGCUUAUGCAACAUCCUUUCUUCACCCUGCACGAAUCCAAAGAGACAGACGUCGCCUCUUUUGUCAAGCUCAUCCUGGGAGACUGAGAACUGGACUUGGGGAAGAAUUGCCCUUCUGUGGACUGGUGGGUGCAGGGGAGGGGCACGUGGCAGGACUUGUCAUGGAAGCACCAACAGAAAGUGGUUUUGUUUUGCUUUGGUUUGGUUUUAUUCUGAGAAACCCCCGCCUCGCCCGAGUGUUUUGAAAGGGUUCUUUGGUAUCCAUAGUGACAUAGAGCGAGCUGGUUAGUGGAAACGCAUUUUAAUAAGGUUGGUAACCUUAAAACAAAAAACAAAACAACAACAACAACAGAAAAAAAAUUUUUUUUGAAUGAGUGAUUUACAUAUUUAAUGACAGUCGAGGUUCCUCUUCCUAACUUGCUCCUCAUCCCCCUUCCCUUCCCCCUGAACCAGAAUUUGCUUUGUCAUGGUAAUAGGUGCUAUGGUAGUCAUGAAGUUGUAUGUAGAUUUAUAUUUUGUCCCUUCCAUUAUUUUAAUAUUUAUGUUAAGUGCUUGAUGGAAUAGAUUUCUGUUUUAUAUGAGGAUGAGUGCGUGGUGAUGAUGAAGAUGAUGAUGAUGUUGAUGAUGAUGAUGAUGAUGAUGCAAAAUGAGGCCACAGCAAGCAGCACUUGCAGGGCUUUGCUGGGGAAAAGGUGUCUGAGGAGAGGAGAGAGCAGAGGAGAAGUGUCCCUGUUGUGGAAUAUAUUUCAUGUGCAUCAUAAAAGGAAUGGAUGAGCAAGACUUGCAGCUCAGCUGCUCGAGCUGUGCCAGGGAGGGAGGCCCUGGUGUCCCCUGUGUCACCUCCAGACACUCUGAGUCCAGCUGGUGCUUCCCAGCCCCGUGCCACCCCUGCCCUGCUGGGUGGGAGUGCCUGGGACAGUGUCUGGGACAAGAGGAGGCAAGGAAGGAGGCUGUGAGAGAAGUUGCACAAAGAGGAGGAGGAGGAGGAGGAGGAGGGGGAGGAGGAGGAGGUGGAGGUGGCUGCCCUGGUCCGUGCCCGCCUGCCCAGCAGCGUUGCAGUGCCCGAGGCUCCCUUGGGCUGGGGAUGAGCUGCUCUGGGCCUCAGUGGGAGCUCCUCUCUCCUCCUGGGGGUGGGGCAGGAUCACAGGGUGCACGGUGGGACACCCCUCAGGACUGGGGGCGUUUAGUGCUGGUUUCCAGGGCUCCUGGCACUGCUUUGGCAGCAAUCCCUCCCUGCUUGCCCACAGGGUCUGGGAGUGCCAGCGCUGCCAGGAGCCCCUGCUGGCACGUGGACUGGGCUGUGCCCAGCCCCAGCUGGGCUCUGCCAGCACCACGGGGCUCUACAGCAGCACUGGGCUCUGCCCUGGCUGCAGGGGGAAGCUGCAGCCUGGGAAACCACGCAGGGACACCACAGCCCACCCUGCCCAGGAGCUCCCUGCUGCUGGCCAGGGGCAGGAGGAGGAGGCUGGUGAGGUGGGAGAGGAGCUGGAGGUGCCUCUGCCCUGUGUCAGUCAGUGUGUGGAGCAGGGGGCACUGUGAGUGUUGCUGAGCCCGGAGAGAGGCUGCUGGCUCCAGGUUAAUGCUGCUUGGAGCCACAGCUGCCUGAGCUCCUCUGCCUUUGCCCUGGCUCCUUCCCCCAGCCCUGCAGCGGGCCUGCCUGUGCAUCUGGGGGGCUGCACAAGUGCCUCGUGCCCCUGCACGCGCUUCCGUCCCCACCCCUGGCUGGGGCACAGCCCCUCAGAGCCAGGCGUGAGCAGAAACACCCUGCCCUGCCGUGCUGGACCUGUGCAGGUGUCACUGAACCUGUGCACAGUGUCACUGACCCUGUGCACAAUGUCACUGAAUGUGUGCAGGUGUCACUGACCCUGUGCACAAUGUCACUGAACCCUGCUCUGCAGUGCUGGACCUGUGCACAAUGUCAUUUAACUCUGCCCUGCAGUGCUGGACCUGUGCAGGUGUCACUGACCCUGUGCAGGUGUCACUGACCCUGUGCACAAUGACACUGACCCUGUGCACAAUGUCACUGAACGCUGCUCUGCAGUGCUGGACUUGUGCACAAUGUCAUUUAACUCUGCCCUGCAGUGCUGAACCUGUGCAGGUGUCACUGACCCUGUGCAGGUGUCACUGACCCUGUGCAGGUGUCACUGAACCUGUGCAGGAUGUCAUUUCACCCUGCCCUGCAAUGCUGAACCUGUGCACAAUGUCACUGACCCUGUGCAGGUGUCACUGAAUGUGUGCAGGUGUCACCCUGCCCGUGCAGUGUACUGAACCUGUGCACAAUGUCACUGACCCUGUGCAGGUGUCACUGAAUGUGUGCAGGUGACACUGACCCUGUGCAGGUGUCACUGAACCUGUUCACAAUGUCACUGACCUGGUUCAGCAUGUCACUGAAUGUGUGCAGAUGACACUGACCCUGUGCACAAUGUCACUGAAUGUGUGCAGGUGUCACUGACCCUGAUCAGGAUGUCAUUUCACCCCACUCUGCCCGGGUACAGCUCCAGGCUCUGCUGGUGCAGGCUGGAACAGCCUGAGGGGAUUUUGGGAAGGGAUCCCCUGGCAGGGCAGUGUUCAGUUCCCCUGCAGGGCUGCGGGGUGGCACUGCUGGGGACGUGCCAGCCCUUCAGGGAGGCACACAAUGACACCCUCCAGUGCCUGGGCUGCCACUGUCACUGUCACCACAGGCUGGCAGUGACCCUGGGGUGCAGCAGCUCAGCCCUGGGCUGGCACUGGCACUGUCACUGUCACUGUCACCACAGCCUGGGGUGCAGCAGCUCAGCCCUGGGCUGGCACUGACAGGCAGGGCAGCAUUUCUGGCAUUUCUCACUGCUGGUGCAGAGCUCCCAGAGGGCUGGCAGGAAUCAGGGUGCCGUUCACAGCUCACUGGGGCUUUGGGGAGGAGGUUCCCCUUGCUCAGCCCUGCCCCAGGAGCCUGGCCAGCCCUCGGGGAAGGACAAGCUGCACGUCUCAGCCUGUGCCCAGGGGAACCUUUCAGGUUACAUUUUGUGGCGGGUGAAACACGAGGAUGUUUUACUUCUCAGUGUAAUUUUAAGAGGCCUGGCCUGGCUCAUGAUCUGCCCUCUCAUAUUCCAUGGUGUGUGUGUGUGUGUGUUUUUGCUCUCUCUCACUUUCUCAGAGUCACAGAGCUGUUUUGAUUGAUUGUCCUCAGCUGCAGCUGAAAGUCCAGCCAGCCAGUUUAUAGACUUGGUUCCAGCAUCAAUUCUCACUUUGAAAAACAUGACAUUUAAAACCAACCUUUGGUUUUCCUACAUAUGGAUCUGAUGCUUUUGUUCAAGAUUGUUUUUGCUGCUUUUCCCCUGCAAUAUAAGUCUCAUUUGGACACCACAUCUCCUUGACCUCAGAGCACCUUCAUUUCAGUGCCAUGGUAAUUGACAGGUUGAAUUUAUGAGACACUGUCAAGGCUCAGUAUUAAUAGCAGAUAUUAAUGUCACCAGCGUUUUCCAAUAGAGAAUUAAUGGCAGUGUUGUCUGUAACCCUCUGAAAGGAUUCCUCCUGCCUCCACACAGGCCCUGCUUUUCUGCUUUCUGCUCUAAUCCCUUGGUUUUAAUGACAUUACAACAGGGCACUCAGCAAAUCCCUCCCCUUCCCUGCUCCUUCUCCGUGACUUUGCUCCUUUUCAAGUGGUUGGUGCGAGCCCAGAGUAAGUGUGGAGCUGUCUGAGGGUGGGAGGUGCUGUGAGAGGUGCCCAGUGCUGAGGGGAGCUGUGGUGGACACAGAGCUGUCCCUGCACCCCUGGUGGUGGACACAAAGCUGUCUCUGCAUCCCUCGUGGUGGACACAAAGCUGUCUCUGCACCCCUGGUGGUGGACACAGAGCUGUCCCUGCAUCCCUGGUGGUGGACACAAAGCUGUCCCUGCACCCCUGGUGGUGGACACAAAGCUGUCCCUGCAUCCCUCGUGGUGGACACAAAGCUUGGCCUGAGCCAGGAAUUCCUUAGACAGAAGCCAGAGCUCGGUGGCUGCAGCUCAGGGAGGAGAGCCAGGGACUCCUGUGUGCCUCAAAGCCCUGCAGAGCUGCAGGGUGAGAGUCAGGCUCUUCUCUCUGCUGUUGAAUUGGCGCCUCUGUGAAGAUCAAAAGCCUUUGGUUGCUGCUCAGGUCUUUGUUUGGCCAAGACAGGCUCUGGGAAACCUUUCCUGAAGAGCCCAGGGAUGGAGGAUUAGGGAUGUUCUUCCCAAAGGUGUUGUGUGCUCGCACAGCACAGGGCUUGGGACUGCCCCAGAGUGGGAUUUUUAGAGAAGCAGGUCUCAAAUGCCAUAAACCUGAAAGAACCCCAAAGGCAGGGGGCAGAGAGAGAGCAAAGCUGCUGGGGGCUCAGCCCUGGGCUGUGGGCUGGUGGGUUUGCAGGGCAGGGAGGGCCUCUCCAGGCUGCCACAGCCCAUCCCAUGUCCCUCCUCCUCCUCCCCCUGCAAUCUCCAGGAUGCUGCAGGCCCUGCCAUGGUGGAGCUCUGAAGUGUCACUGGUAGCAAAGAUGUUUUCUGGGUCCCCAGGAGCCCUUUGGACCCUUAAAUCUGUAAAAAAAAGGAGCUGGAGGGCAUUUUCUGGUUCCUGUUCUUAAGCACCAGGUUCAUGCUGCUGCACUGGGUGCAAUGCCCAUCUUUCCUGGAGUUCUUCCAGGUGUACAAACCUUGACACAGAUAUCUCUGUACUGUAUUUCUCUGCUUUUCCCUGACUUUUGAUGAGUUUACUGCUGACAAAGAGGCAACUCUGACUUGUUAAGGAGGUGAAACUUCAUGUCUGGAGGCAGGUGUGUGAUGCAGGAGGGAGUUGGUGGGUCCCUACUUGAAAAAAUCUCUAAAAAAAAUCUCAAUUCUCAACCCUGUGGUUGAGCAGGUGCUGCUGCACCUUGUCCAGGUGGGAGGGGCUGAGGGCAGAGCCUCAGCUGGGAUUUCUCCAUGCUGCUGUGUACCUGCCCAUUUCCCUUCUUCCCAACACGUUCUGGAAGAGGAAAUCCUGCUUGGUCAACACAGCAUUGCUUCAGUGGCUGCUCUGGUGUGCUUCAGACAAGGUUCCCACCAGCUCCCAUGUUUAAUAAAUCUUUUUUAUUCAAAUCAACCCCCAAAAAGCCAGCCAAGAUGCUCCUUUUUUCCAUUUUUUUAAAAUUUCUUUCCUUUUCCAUCUUGUUCCUGUUAGAGGAACUCUGGGAGCCUGUCUUGGUGCUUUCACUCUUCCACAUGCCAAAGAUCCCUCUUAGUUAUGCUCCUGCCAAACCAGAUCUUAUAGUCUUGCCUCUGAAACCAUCCACUUCCCUGCUCCUCGGGGUUCCUUUUGUUGCUGUUGCUUUUUCAUUGAAUUUCCUCCUGUUUAUUGACAUGUCUAUUGUUGAGCUUCCUGGACACAUGCAGCUCUCUUUUUUUGGGAUGCAGGGAAAGACAAAUAGUUGCCUUCACUUGUGUGCCCCUGCUGUUGGGGAAACACUGUCAGGGCUGUGAUUCCUACAGCUGGGAUGGCUCACGUGGAGCUGGGGUCGUGGAGGGUGUAAACUGGCCCUGCUGCACUGCCUUGGCUGGAGGAAAGCCACUUUGGUCCAGCUGAGAACCUGUCCUGAGUGUCUAAACAGCUACUACACACUGAUAGAGAUUAAUGAGCACAAAUCCCCACGGAUUAGCCGUAAAAUGGCGAUUUUGCUCAUUAAUCUUCAUUGCCACGUUGUGGUUGUUGGUGUCAGAGCAGGCUCCCCUCUCUGCUCUGGGAGUGCCCAGAGGAGGGGGCUGAGCCUGGGCAGAGGCAGGCUGGGCAGCACACACAGAGCACACCACACGUCCACAUUUCACACCCUGUCUCCUGCCCCCAGGCUCCUUGAAAACCCUUAAGCAGCAGCAGAGGAUGGAUCCCAGGGCUUUGCCUGCUCCUCUGGCCUCUGCCUGGGCUAUCAAACCCAGAUUGUUUCUGCUGAGAAGGGAUCACAUCUCCUCAUUAAUAUUUCAGGUCAGCCUUUGCUGGAGCAGAUGGAGAAUGUGAAAUUUGCCCCGUGCUCUGCAGAGCUGGGAGAUCCCCCCCUGGAUCGUGCCUGGAGGAGUGGCAGCUCUGUUGAAGGCUGAAAGGACUCUGCUCCUUCACCCAACCCCACUCCAUAAAAACAGUGGCUUUUGGUGAUAAACAGGGUCAGAAAAAGCUGCAAAUCUCGGAUUUGAGGCGUUUGCAGAUGAAUAAACACAGGCAGGAGCUGCUGGUGCAGUGCUGCAGGCACAAAGGUCCAUUGCUGGAUAAAUGGAAAGGACUCUGAGAGUGCAGUGAACUUCAAGGGUGGAUUUAAUGGCCUGGGGACAAAGGGAGUGCUCUGAUGGGCAGCUGCUGUCAGUCCUCUCUGCCAGGGAGGAGCAGGAGAGGCAGGACCCAGCCUGAGAGCAGCCUGGCUGCCCCUGCCCUCCCCACACCUUCCUUCAGGCUCAGAUUUGUCAGUCCCACUCAUCCCCAGCUCCAGCAAGGGGGCAAAAACCUAAAACCCAAAAGAAACCCACAGGGGAAAACCUGCAGGUGACCCAAGGCACGCUGCUGCUGCUGCUGUGUGGCCUUAGAAAAAGGGAAAAGCCUGGAAGGUUUUUCCCUUUUAUAAAAAGGGAAAAGGCCUGGAGGCCUCUGGAGCUGAGAGAGAAGAGGGGAAGCUUUCAAGGUGGUCCCAACGAGAUUAAUGCUGGAAAUGCCCCAUUUUCAGGCCAGCAGGAGGAGGGAAUUCCCCAGGGACAGCCAGGGAGCAGCUGGGGCUGCAGGAUGGCUGGGGAUGUUUCCAUCUAGGAGAGAACAUUCUGCCAUCUCAGAGUGUCCCAGAACACCCAAAAACCUUCAGCAUUUUUAUGGUUUGGGGUUUUUUUUUCAGGGUGGAUACUGCAAAAAGUCAGAAAGGGCUUUGAUUUGUGUCCUUCAGAGCAGCCCUGGGAUGCUGCAGAGCUCUGGGACACCUGACAUCCUGAGCACCUUCAUAUCUUUAUUUUCAUGUCAAAAUACUUCUCAUUUUUUUAUUUUCAUGGGAUUUUACUGGCAGCCAGCAGGAAGGGGAAGGAGCCUGCAGUCCAUGGAGUGUUUGGUGGAGGAAGGAGCUGCCUGUCCUCUCCAAUUCCCUGCUCCCUAAUUCCCCACCUGGGAAUCCCCACCCCACAGGAGUUUGUUUGCUGCCCUUUGGGACGCCUGACAUCCUGGGCAUCUUCAUAUCUUUAUUUUCAUAUUAAAAUAUUUCUCAACUUUUUAUUUUCAUGGGAUUUUACUGGCAGCCAGCAGGAAGGAGCCUGCAGUCCAUGGAGUGUUUGGUGGAGGAAGGAGCUGCCUGUCCUCUCCAGUUCCCUGCUCCCUAAUUCCCCAGGUGGGAAUUACCUACACAGCCACCCUGCAGGAGUUUGUCCCUUCAUUUGCUGCCCUUUGGGGAUGCUGGGCGGCUCUGGAGCUGCAGCAGCCCUGCUCUGAGGUGGCUGAGCCCAGGCAGCAGCCAGGAUGAGCCACAAUCCCUUCCUUGGGAGGCUCCUGGUGUUUGGAGGACGGGGCGAGCGUCCAGCGGCCGCGAGGUUCUGCGGGAUAAACCGGGACAAGUUUGGACGUGGAGAUGGAAAUCUCAAAAGCUCAGACAUCCUUUGGCCAUUUCCAAAGCUGCCUGGUGUUAGCCAGACCUGAAAACCCUUCCUAGGAGUUUGAUUUCGGGGUAUUUUGAUCUGUUACUUUCGCUUUUGGGCUUUAGCUAAAUCCAGGAAACUCGCAGUGGUGUAAUUUUUGAAUCAAGACUAAACACACCCCGAAGUAUUCCUGAACCCAUCAGGAAAGCUGAUGCUUGGUUUAUCUUCCAGGAAUAAUUCAGGCCAGCUCAGGCUUGAAUUCAGUCUGGUUUUGCCCCUAGAUAAUGAUUGUUUUUGAGGAAAUAAUGAGAGCAGGCCGUGAUCUUUCCAAAAGGCUGUGACCUGAGGCACCAAGCUGUUCCAGGAGGUGGAUGGAGAUAAAUUCACUGAGAGGGGCCAAUGUCUGGAGGCUGGAAGAGCAGCCUGGAGUAUCCAUGGCCUCCAAAAGCUCACACAGACACAUUUUCCCCAGGAAUUAUGGGAUGGAGGUGUUGGGUUCUGCCAUAUCUCGGGAUUUUUCCCUCUAGGAGAGAACAUUCCGCCAUCUCAGGGUGUCCCAGAACACCCAAAAACCUUCAGCAUUUUUAUGGUUUGGGGUUUUUUUUUUCAGGGUGGAUAGUGUGAAAAGUCAGGAAGGGCCAGGUGUCCUUGAUUUGCACAGCCAGGGUGAAGAAAUGUGGAUUAAGUGCCUGGUAAAAGCCAAAAAAAGGUGUGUUUAAAGAUAAAUCCCCGUCUCUGUCACAGCUGUUGAGCCAGGAUCGAAUUUUCCCAAAUCCAGGUACAGCUGCAGAGCUCUCCAUCCAUUUUUAGCCCAAAUUUACUCCCAAAUCCUGCAUAAACACCUACAGCAUGGACUGUGCCUUCUGGGGGGCUUCUUGCAGGCUGGGGCUCAAAAUCCAAAAUCCCCCACGCCAGGAUUUGGCUCUGAAUUUUCCCUUUACAAUCCGUGUGUAAAGUGAAUUUCCAGGGCUCGGCCGCUGUUUUUAUUUUGGUGAAUCCAGUGGUUUGUGCUUGGUGAGAGCUGUCCCUGUGCCAGGGGCUGCUGGAAAUAGUCACAACAUCCAAAAGAGCUGGAAUUCUGCAUUUUUUAAUAGCAAUACAACGAGGGGAAGCUGCUAAAUAGAGCUUCUUGUAAGCUGGAAAUGUGUUGGAGUAAAAUUUGUCAUUUCUUGUAGGGGAAAAAAAAAACAAACCCUAAACAACUCUCUAAAAUUGUCCCAAAUCUUCAAUUUAAGGAUUUACAGUUUUAUUGGCAAAGAUCCAUGUUUAGCAUCAAUCUAUGGGAUUUCUAGACUUUCUGCCUUAAGGUGUGAAGUCUGCUUUUUCUGGAGAUGGUGGGAAACCUGUAACAAGAAUAUUUCUACAUCGUUUUGGCUGGGAAAAAAAAAAACCCCAAACACCAAAAAAUGAGCAAAAAAAUGGAAAAGCACCCAGAUCCCAGUGGUCUGGUGUUGGAGAGGGCACAUGAACAUGUUAGGAAGGAGAAGACUUUCCAACCUGCUGUAAUGCAAGUCCUUUUUUACUUCAUUUUUAGGAAUUUUUUUUUUACAGUACCAUCAUUUGGUUGCUUAACUGUGAAAGUCUCUGCUUUUCCAUCCCUGUGGAAGGCUGAUAUUCUUUCUCAUGUUCUUCUUAUUUAUUAUUUAUCCCUUUCUGGUACCAUCCAAGAGGUGCUGAGGUAUCUCCCAGCCUGCCCUGGAGCCAUGUGGAAAUCCCUGUGGUUUCUCCUACCAGCUGGGAUGGCAGUAGACACCUAAUUACCAUUUUAAAUUAUAUUUAUAGCAAGUUAGAUUAUUUUUCUUUUAGCGUCCUGGUUUGCUCUAGAAUUAGGCAUGGGGAUAAGGAAUCUUGUUUUUAAAAAAUUGGUAUUUUUUUUGGAGUUUUCUUUUAACAUCUUGGGGGCUUCUGAAGAAACCUGCUCACUUUUAUGUUUGUAGGAGGGAAAAACGAAGUGGGUUUCUUGUUCCUUUGAGAGGGGAUUGAGUAGCACCAGGGUUCAGUUUAGCUGGUAAAAUGCUCUGUGUCACAUCAUUAAAACCACCCCGAAUUCUGACAAAACAACCGCUUUCCACCUGAAAAUUACAAUGUGGUUGGUGACAAACUUGGUUUGUGCAAGGCUCGUGCCAGGCUUUUCUCCGUCAGAUUUCCAUGGGGUUUGCUGAGCCCUGGGUGCUCAGGGUGGGCCAGGGCAGGGCUGGGGACAGCCAGGUGUCACCUCUGGGGGUGGAGGACGCCUGGUCCUGCCGAAAUAAUCCAGCAAUUCAUCAGCAGCUUCUUGUUCUCCAGGGGAUGUUGAGGGCAAUCCCUGAAGUGUGGGAGAGAAUCAGGACUGGGGGCCUCAAAACCCGUCAGGUUUUGUUCUUUUUAUUCCCUUUGUCCCCUUGGAAAAGGUGCUUCCAAAGCCUCCCCAGCCUUUCUGCUCAAGAAGAACAGAAUCGGAGAACCACAGAGUCAUUAGGGUAGAAAAACCUUGAAAAUCACCGAGUCCAACCAAAAACUCAGCACUGCCAAGGCCACCACCAACCCAUGUCCCCAAGUGCCACAUGCCCACAUUUUAAACCCUUCCAGGGAGGUGACACAAGCCCUUCCCUGGUGCAGCUGUUUUCAGACAGCUCACGCUGCUUCUCUGGUUUGUUUUCUUUCCCCAACGUAUAAGAAACGUUGGGUAGCAGAAUGUGGAAUUGAUUAGAAGUUCAUAAAGCAGGGACCUCAGAAGGAUGUGGGUAUAAAUGCUUUUCAGGCAUCCGAGGUGAACUUUAAAUGGAGCUUUGGCCCUCAUUUGCUUUCUGCUUUUCAAAAACCAUUUAUGAGAAAGUGGACCUGUCAAAGCCAUGCAUGAACUUUGCCUUCUUGCAAAUAACUUGUCUCAAAGUAAAUUGUCCAAAUGCACAAGAAACUUGUCUCAAAGUAAAUCCAGUAGCUCUACAAAGCUGGAGUUGUGUGCAUUAGAGGGUGUGAGAGGUGUGUGUGUGUGUGUGUGUGUGUGUGUGAGCACGUGUCGUUCUUGGGGGUGUGCAGGGAGUAACUCGACCAUUUUGAGAUUUACAAAAACACAAUGCAAGUGCUUUUAGAAAAAAAAAAAAAAAAAGAAAAAAAAGGCAGCGUAAAAUAUUUAUUUCUUGGCAGAAGUACAUCAGACCGCAUCUCCCAUCCUUCUUUUAAUUGCUUGGUGUUUGUUUGUGUUGUCUCAGGCUUUGCUGGUUUCCUCUGCAGGGCUCUGUCACCUCACACAACCCCUCUGUCAGCCAGGGCACGGGGCAGCUCCAGCCCCUCAGGAGAGCCCUGGGGUGCAGGCAGGGAGCAGAGGCAGAGCUGCUGCUGGGUUAAAGGCAGCGCAGAGCAGCGUGGGUGAUUUUCAGUUUCCAGCCUUGUGGAGGGAACUGUUCCCUUGUGAGAACCCAAACCACCACAGCCUGAGGCAGCACCCGAGUCACAGCCUUGGGGAGGGUGCUUGGCCAGCCAGGGCAGCUUGGAGGGGGCGAGGUGGCACUGGCAGGGCUGUGAGGUGGCACUGGCUGGUCGGCAGGGUCCUGUGGGCUUUGCCCAGGGUUUGGAGCUGCCCUGUGUGGGGUGGGUGCUCCGAGCUCCCGUUCCCAGCCAGGUGCAGGCAGUGCCAAGCUCACUGCUUGUGCCCGUGCUCCAGAGUCUUUCUGAGGUCACCUGGCUGCCCACCUGCACGUCCCUGUGCUGCCUUCGCCCAUCUCUGCUGUUCCUGGUGCUCUGGAGAUGAGCAGGGGUAGCAGAGUGACAGUAGGACUGUGUGUGUAAUGUUUGAGAGGCUUUUACUCCAUGUUGUUGUUUUAAUGAGACGCUUUUAGGAUCCUUGCUGAACUGGUAUUCUUUAACCUUCACUGCCACAGAUUCUUUCUUCCCUUCCCUUUCUUCUCUUCACUUCAAUGAGAUUGGCAAAAUACAUUUGGCUUUAAAAAAAUCCCAACCAACCCCAAACCCUGCUGAUGGGAUAAGUUACUCCUCUUUACUGUGCUUUGAUUUGAUUUCUCAGGAUACUCAGAGGUUUUUCACUGCUGCUGAGAGGGGACAGUACACCUUUUUGGAGACUUCAACCACUGUAACAGUUUUCCAGAUGUGUGUGUGCGUGUGCGUGUGUGUAAGCCAGCGCUGUGCGUGCGUGUGUUCUGCUGAAUAUCGUGUGCAUCUCUGAAAUGCUUCAAACAACUGCCUGGAAGUCAAAAAACCAACCACCUCUUUCCAGUCAUAUGUUUGCCGUGACUUUUCAUAACCACACUUGAAACUAGUGGUCUUGGAUGGAAAUAUUCAAAGAGCAGGGCAUCUUUAUAGCAAUGGUAUGUCAGUCGAAUUACGGGAAAUGUACACAAAAAUAAAUAAAUGAAAUUUAAAAGGAA